CUGAAGGGGUUAAACCCGCAGGGAAGCCUGGGGUUCCUGACCUAGAGGCAGAACCUGGGGCUUCCUCUCUCCUGGGCGAGGGGUGCGGCUGCUGCAGAAGUGGCAGAUUGUAGGUUUCCAUUCCUGGGGCGUGACCAUGCAGCUAGGCGAGGCUCUGGUGCUGGGGGUGGCCCUAUGCCUAGGGUGUUGCCACCCCCUACUGUGGGCCCCUGACCGCCCCUUCUCCGUGCUGUGGAACGUGCCCUCAGCACGCUGUAGAGCCCGCUUCGGUGUGCACCUGCCACUGGACGCCCUGGGCAUCAUAGCCAACCGUGCCCAGCGUUUCCGUGGCCAGAACAUCACUAUCUUCUACAAAAACCAGCUAGGCUUCUAUCCCUACUUUGGACCCAGGGGCACAGCUCACAAUGGAGGCAUCCCUCAAGCAGUGCUCCUUGACCACCACCUGGCACAAGCUGCUUACCAGAUCCACCGCAGCCUGGGAACUGGCUUCACUGGCCUGGCAGUGCUGGACUGGGAAGAAUGGUGCCCACUCUGGGCUGGGAACUGGGGCCGCCACCGAGCCUACCAGGAUGCCUCGUGGGCUUGGGCACAGCGGGUAUUCCCCCAUCUGGACCCCCAGGAGCAGCUCCUCAAGGCCCGAGCUGGCUUUGAACAAGCAGCCCGUGCCCUGAUGGAGGGCACACUGCGGCUGGGCCAGGCACUGCAGCCCCGUGGGCUCUGGGGUUUCUAUCGCUUCCCGGCCUGUGGCAAUGGCUGGCAUGGUGUGGGUUCCAAUUAUACGGGCCACUGCCAUGCAGCCACCCGUGCCCGCAAUACCCAGCUGCACUGGCUCUGGGCUGCCUCCAGUGCCCUCUUCCCCAGCAUCUACCUGCCACCCAGGCUGCCACCUGCUCACCGACAGGCAUUUGUCCGACACCGCCUGGAGGAGGCCUUCCGAGUGGCCUGCGCUGGGCACCUACACCCCCUGCCUGUCUUGGCCUACACCCGUCUCACGUACCAGAGCUCUGGCAGGUUCCUUUCCCAGGAUGACCUUGUGCAGACCAUCGGUGUCAGUGCAGCACUGGGGGCCGCCGGCGUGGUGCUCUGGGGAGACCUGAGCAUCUCCAGCUCUGAGGAGAAGUGCUGGCAUCUUCGUGACUACCUGGUGGGCACCCUGGGCCCCUAUGUGAUUAAUGUGACCAGAGCAGCCAUAGCCUGCAGUCAGCAGUGGUGCCAUGGCCAUGGGCGCUGUGUCCGGCAAGAUCCAGGACAGCUGGAAGCCUUUCUGCACCUGCAGCCAGAUGGCAGCCCUGGAGCUUGGGAGUCCUUCCGCUGCAGCUGCUACUGGGGCUGGGCAGGCCCCACCUGUCAGGAGCCCAGGCCUGAGCCUGGGGCCUGAAGAAACAGCAUGAAGCCAGGAUACCUGCUGCUACCCUCUGGUCCCUGCUGCCUUUCCCAGUCCUUGAGGGUUCUGUCCCACUUUGUUCUCUUCAGCU